UCCUGGCAGGGGUGCAGCUAAUAAUAAGCGCUUCGGGGAGGCUUUAUAAAGGCGGCGCUGGAGGAGGCAAGUGUCAUGAGGGUGGCAGGGCAGCGGAGCGGCGGCCGGGCAGCGUGAGGAGGCGGCUGGCGGGUGCUUUUAUUUUUGGGAGAGCCGCUGGUGGUUUUCUUUCCUUGGCCGUCGCUGCUGCGGAGCUGGAAUGUUGCAAAGGAGCUCGCGGCAGCCAAGCUGAUCAGCGGCGGCAGCGGAGGCAAGCAGCGGCGAGCCGCGAUCGCUGCCCUGCCCGAGCUCUCCGGGGCGAUGAAGCGGCGCAAGCUGGCCGUGGCCGCCGGCUUCUGCAUGUCCUUCCUGCUGGGCACUUUGCUCAACGUCCUCUUCAUCCCGGCCUUUGAUCCCCAGCAGCAACAGCAGCAGCAGCUGAGCGCGGGCGUCACGCACUCGCUGGCGGGCUCGCCGGGCAGCAGCAGCAGCAGCAGCAGCAGCCGCCCCCUCCCCGAGGACCUCGCCCGGCAGAUCCGAGAGCGCUACGAGGAGGUGCUGCGCUACCAGCCGCCUCGGGAGGCAGCUGCCGCCGGCGCUCGCCUGGCAGUGCGACCCCUGGAGCGGCGGCUCAUGGAUCUCGCUCCGCAGCGGCUCUCUCCCUCCUUGUCUUCUUCUUCCACGGAGCGCAGCAGCAGCCGCCCCAAGCUUCCCGGACCCCGGGCUCCUUCUUGGGGCGGCGCGCCCUGGGACCACCCGCGAGCGCAGCUGGAGCUCUCGCUCGGCCCGCUGGCGCUCGGCUGCCGGGACAUCGGCAACGUGAGCAACGUGCACUACCUGGGCUCGGGCUACACCAAGGCCGUCUACAGAGCCGUGCUCAACCGCAGCCUGGCCGUGGCCCUCAAGUCCGUCGAUUUCGGCGGCCACGACAUCGACAACUGCGUCAAGCUGUACGCCUCCUUGGAAGGCUGCUAUCGCCUGGCUUCCUAUAAGAUCGCCAAGGAGAUGGUCUUGUUGCAGAGGCUGCGACACCCCAACAUCCUCCAGCUUCACGGAUAUUGUUACCAAGACAGCAAUGACAUCGCAGACACCCUGACUGCCAUCACAGAACUGGGCUCACCUCUGGAGAUGAUCCAGCUUUUACAGAUUUCCUGGGAGGACAGGUUUCGCAUCUGCUUCAGCUUAGUUCAGCUUCUGCAUUAUCUGGCCCACUCUCCCCUUGGCUCCGUGACUCUCUUGGAUUUCCGACCCCGGCAGUUUGUGAUUGUGGACGGAGAGCUCAAGGUGACGGAUCUGGAUGACGCCAGCAUCGAGGAGGCCUCCUGCACGAGCAGCAGGGACUGUUUCAUGGAGUUCCCAGCAAGAAACUUCAGCCUGCCUUGUUCUCUUGAGGGCAAAUGCCAAAGUAUGAAUGAGAAGAGGAAUCUUUACAAUGCCUACAGGUUUUUCUUUACUUAUCUUCUGCCGCACAGCGCCCCUCCAUCCCUGAGGCCGUUGCUCGAUGCGAUUGUCAAUGCUACAGGAGAACUUCAGUGGGGAAUAGACGAAACGUCUGCUCAGCUUGAAAGAGUUUUGCAUUUAUACAAGAGUGGCGUGUACCUCCAGAAUUCUACACGAACACCCCGGUCAGAUUACAGAAAGGUGCCUGAAGCCACUAUCAUCAAUGAGAAUUACAGGUGCUGGCCCUCCUACCAUCACAAGGAAUGUCUCCUAUCCGUGUUUGACGUUAGCGAGGCCAUGGAGGUUUGUGAGAGUCAUUCCGAGUGCAAAGCUUUCGUGCUCACCAAUCAGACAACGUGGACAGGUCGUCAGCUGGUCUACUUCAAGAUGGGAUCCACUUCCAUUGUAUCUGAUCACGACAAGACGACCUACGUGAAAGUGGUCAACUGAAAGCUAGCCUGACCUACAAGUCCAAUUCUGUGCAAAUUUACUCAGAAGUAUCUCCCAUGAAGUUCAGCAAGGCUUACUCUCCAGUCGGCAUGCAUAGGAUUGCAGCCCUAGUUGCAAGCUAGUAAAAUAUGACUGCAGUCAACACGCCAAUGUAGAGACUGCUGUUGUACACAAAGAAACUGAGGAUGAGGAGGGAAUUGCACUAUAUCACUCCUUCUAAUCUGCAGAGCGUGAAAUCAAACCUUAAAAAGAAGAGACCAACAUGACCAGGACGAAUGUGCAAUAGGAUGACAUUUUUAAGAUGUGACUUGGAAGAAGCAGAAUGAAAUCCAAAAUGUGAUACACUGUGUGGCUAUCUAUAGGUUGCUAAAAAGGAGCAGCCACCUUUAGUGUGCUUUUCUCACUAUGUAUAGGGUUUGCGUAGGCUUUGGUUGGAAAUUCUUGUUCAUUUUCACAGGGAGUUUGGAACCUCCAGUUCAGAUAUUUAUACAGGCAAGUACAAUCACUGCAGCAUUGUUAUUAAAAGCCUAAUUGAGUUCCAAAGCUGAUCAUGAAACCUCUUGGGAGACAAUCAGUACUUCUGUUCAUUGAACCAAAUAUGCAAGACCAAAAAUUAUGGUUGUCCUUGUGCGAUGGAACGCUAUAGCAUCUGUUAAAGUUGUCACACAUCCCCCCCCCCACAGAAAGCUUGCGUUAAGUCAGCUUAAAUGGAUAUAAAUCUGCAUUAUUUGCCUAAGAGGGGAAAAAUGCAAUAGUUCAAAAAGAGGACAACUUUUUAAAAAGAUGAUACAUGUGCAUGUUGCAGCAGGCAUUGUUUUAGGGAAAACAAUCCUCCUCUCUUAUGUAGGAGGGAAUGGAAAUCUAAUUGGUUAGUUGACUAAAUGUUGCAGCCAGACUAUCUGCAGAGUCAAAAACAUAGCUAUUUUCCAGUUUAAAAUAAACUAGCAAGAUGCCCAUCAUUGUGAUGGAGGGAGGAAAAAAGAGCCGCUUGCUACAUGCGUGUGCCUGUAAUUAAUCAAACGGACACACUGCACCUGUCUCUGUCAGUGCACCAAAUGGUGCCCCAGUCCUAACUGUGGCUAUUUACUUUUCCCAUGCAAGUGAAUGGGAGCCAAGCUCUUGGAUAAAGUAGAAGGGUGUAAGACAGCACUGAGGUUAGGAGCCAACCCUACCCCUUAUUGCUGUAUAAAGGGAGGGAGAUAUUGCCCCUGCCUCAAUCAGUUUUUGACAAAUGCAUCCUGCUUGCAUUAUCCCAUAUCACUUAAUGGGAGCCAUUGACAAUCAAACCUGUCCUUAUCUGCACAACACUCUUGGCUUAAUCCCAAUAGAACAGGAUAGUGGAGUACAAAGAGGCAAAACCCAGGAACUGGUUUUUGGGUAAGCUGAUCAGCAGCUGUCUUAAUUCAAAAGCCUGUCCUAGUUUUGUUUGCUUAUCUCAAAACCAAUGAGUAGUAUCACCUAGGUUUGUGUGAUAUUUCAUUACAUUGGGCUAACGCAGAUCGUUUGUGUUGGGUGAAUUUAAAAGGCUUGGAUACUCAGGCUGAAAUAAUGGGACUUUCUUGGGGACUCGAUCAGGGCCAGCUCUACUGUUUGGCCCAGUGAGACAGAUGCCUCAGGUGGCACAGAAUCUGAAGGCCCUGGCUAUUCCUCCUGAGGCCUCCCCAGCCAUUCCACUUUGCCGCCACACGGCCUGUUCCUCAUCAGACCUGCUACCUCAGGUGCAGCGAAGGCACUACUGCAUCACCCAGUUGAAGUAAGAUUCAGCUGCCGGCCAUGUUUGCUUCUGUAUGUAGAAUGCCACCUUGUACUCUGUGAUAGGCAGCAAAAUUCCCCAGGCCAGCUCUGACUCUGGAAGAUGUUCUGGAUUGCUGGUAUCUCCAAUGGAUAUGAUAGGAUCGCUCUAUGAUAGGGAUGGGAAACCUGUACUCUUCCAGAUGCGAGAGUUCAGCUUCCAAGGUAGUCUGUGGAUGGGAGUUGGAGUCCAAUCAUAGCUGGAGGACCACAGGCUCCCUAUCCUUGCCCUCUAGGAAGCCAUGUAGAUAACUCAUGCUGACCAAUGUAGAUAACUCAUGCUGACCAAAGUUCUGCAAAUGUACGUGUUCAGAAGAACACCUGAAGAAAAACUUUGCAUCUGAUUCCCGUAUGUCACAUUGGGACUGCCACAGAGAAGUGUAUCCCUGACACACAGGCAGAGCCGCUAUUCAAAAAAAGCACAAAUUUUCAGUAGUUGCGACAAAAGAUGCAUUUCUGCUACUGGAUCUUUUGCAUUCUGAAGGUGCUGCUGCUUUCCUGUCUUUAAGAACAAAUAACCUUUGACAGCAAAUGAACCCCAGCCUUAAUAAAUGCAAUAGAAAUAGCAAAAUCUUUUUUUUUUUAUAUAGGCAGAGUGUGUCUAAAAAUAUGCUUUCAGUGAAAGCAAGUGAGAAAAUGUUUAAAAGUGACAAAUGUCAUACUGUUUUCUAGUUUGUACAUUCAGAAUCUUUUGUACUUUGGUUCUUAAAUUGUUUAUUUUUGUAAUAAAAAGAAAUGAAAUGGA